UGCCGCCCCGUUUUGCCCCAGGCUUUGGGUGUCUUCACUGAACUUGGAGGGUCGCGAAGCUUCGUUCUGCGUCUCUCUCUGUGGGUGACCCACAUAUCACUUGUACUCAUGCCACUUCUGGUACCAGCACCGAACACGAAGGAUUCCUAGGAAAUCUGAGCGCUUAUUUCCCACCCCGCGUCCCCAACUAUAAUGGAAAGGAACAUGGGACUACUGAAUCUGUUUGCCGUGUUGUAACGACAGUGAAGGCCGCGACUUUCUUGUACUUAGGGUGCUGAAGUAAUGAUCUGAGGGAUUUGCUCGUCAUUUGCUGUGGCAGAGAUGAUGUUGACACCCUGGGAUGCUGUGGGAGGGACAAAAGACUCACGUAUAUGUUCUGUCAAAUCGGAGAAGUAAAUAAUCCAUUGGGAUGCCAGGAUACUUUAUUCUACAGCGCAGGUUAAAUGGAAACCACCCUUGGGAACUGGAUGCCUGUGUAGCUGUUCUACCGUAUCAGUGUAUUGCAAUGAGCGGGGGAGGAGAGCAGCCGGAUAUCCUGAGUGUUGGAAUCAUAGUGAAAGAAAGAUGGAAAGUGUUGAGAAAGAUUGGGGGUGGGGGCUUUGGAGAAAUUUACGAUGCCUUGGACAUGCUCACCAGGGAAAAUGUUGCACUGAAGGUGGAAUCAGCUCAACAACCAAAACAAGUUCUGAAAAUGGAAGUUGCUGUUUUGAAAAAGCUGCAAGGGAAAGACCAUGUUUGUAGAUUUAUUGGCUGUGGGAGGAAUGAUCGAUUCAACUAUGUGGUCAUGCAGUUGCAGGGUCGGAAUCUGGCAGAUCUUCGCCGUAGCCAGUCCCGAGGCACAUUCACCAUGAGUACUACUCUCCGGCUGGGUAGACAGAUUUUGGAGUCUAUUGAAAGCAUUCAUUCUGUGGGAUUCUUGCAUCGAGACAUCAAACCGUCGAACUUCGCUAUGGGUCGCUUUCCUAGUACAUGUAGGAAAUGUUACAUGCUUGAUUUUGGCUUGGCUCGACAAUUUACCAAUUCCUGUGGUGACGUCAGACCACCUCGAGCUGUGGCAGGCUUUCGAGGGACAGUUCGUUAUGCAUCAAUCAACGCACAUCGGAACAGGGAAAUGGGAAGACAUGAUGACCUUUGGUCCUUAUUCUACAUGUUGGUGGAGUUUGUGGUUGGUCAGCUGCCCUGGAGAAAAAUAAAGGACAAGGAGCAAGUAGGAUCUAUUAAGGAGAGAUAUGACCACAGGCUCAUGUUGAAACAUCUCCCACCAGAAUUCAGCAUCUUUCUAGACCAUAUCUCUUCUUUGGAUUAUUUUACAAAACCAGACUACCAGCUUCUUACAUCGGUGUUUGACAAUAGCAUCAAGACUUUUGGAGUAAUUGAGAGUGACCCUUUUGACUGGGAGAAGACUGGAAAUGAUGGCUCCCUAACAACCACCACUACUUCUACCACCCCUCAGUUGCACACUCGCUUGACCCCUGCUGCAGUUGGAAUUGCCAAUGCCACUCCCAUCCCUGGAGACUUGCUUCGAGAAAAUACAGAUGAGGUAUUUCCAGAUGAACAGCUUAGCGAUGGAGAAAAUGGCAUCCCUGUUGGUGUGUCACCAGAUAAAUUGCCUGGAUCUCUGGGACACCCCCGUCCCCAGGAGAAGGAUGUUUGGGAAGAAAUGGAUGCCAACAAAAAUAAGAUAAAGCUUGGAAUUUGUAAGGCUGCUACUGAAGAGGAGAAUAGCCAUGGCCAGGCAAAUGGUCUUCUCAAUGCUCCAAGCCUUGGGUCACCAAUUCGUGUCCGCUCAGAGAUUACUCAGCCAGACAGAGAUAUUCCAUUGGUGCGAAAGUUACGUUCCAUCCACAGCUUUGAGCUAGAAAAACGUCUGACCCUGGAGCCAAAGCCAGACACUGACAAGUUCCUUGAGACCUGCCUGGAGAAAAUGCAGAAAGAUACCAGUGCAGGAAAAGAAUCUAUUCUCCCUGCUUUGCUGCAUAAGCCUUGCGUUCCUGCUGCAUCCCGUACUGACCACAUCUGGCACUAUGAUGAAGAAUAUCUUCCAGAUGCCUCCAAGCCUGCUUCUGCCAACACCCCUGAGCAGGCAGAUGGUGGUGGCAGCAAUGGAUUUAUAGCUGUUAACCUGAGCUCUUGCAAGCAAGAAAUUGAUUCCAAAGAAUGGGUAAUUGUGGACAAGGAGCAGGACCUUCAGGAUUUUAGGACAAAUGAGGCUGUAGGACAUAAAACAACUGGAAGUCCUUCUGAUGAGGAGCCUGAAGUACUUCAAGUCCUGGAGGCAUCACCUCAAGAUGAAAAGCUCCAGUUAGGUCCUUGGGCAGAAAAUGAUCAUUUAAAGAAGGAAACCUCAGGUGUGGUCUUAGCACUUUCUGCAGAGGGUCCUCCUACUGCUGCUUCAGAACAAUAUACAGAUAGGCUGGAACUCCAGCCUGGAGCUGCUAGUCAGUUUAUUGCAGCGACGCCCACAAGUCUAAUGGAGGCACAGGCAGAAGGACCCCUUACAGCGAUUACAAUUCCUAGACCUUCUGUGGCAUCUACACAGUCAACUUCAGGAAGCUUUCACUAUGGUCAGCAGCCAGAGAAGAAAGAUCUUCAGCCCAUGGAGCCCACUGUGGAACUUUACUCUCCAAGGGAAAACUUCUCUGGCUUGGUUGUGACAGAGGGUGAACCUCCUAGUGGAGGAAGCAGAACAGAUUUGGGGCUUCAGAUAGAUCACACUGGUCGUGACAUGUUACCCAACAUUAGAGAAAGUAACAAAUCUCAAGACCUGGGACCAAAAGAACUUCCUGAUCAUAACAGACUGGUUGUGAGAGAAUUUGAAAAUCUCCCUGGGGAAACUGAAGAGAAAAGCAUCCUUUUAGAGUCAGAUAAUGAAGAUGAGAAGUUAAGUAGAGGGCAGCAUUGUAUUGAGAUCUCCUCUCUCCCAGGAGAUUUGGUAAUUGUGGAAAAGGAUCACUCAGCUACUACUGAACCUCUUGAUGUGACAAAAACACAGACUUUUAGUGUGGUGCCAAAUCAAGACAAAAAUAAUGAGAUAAUGAAGCUUCUGACAGUUGGAACUUCAGAAAUUUCUUCCAGAGACAUUGACCCACAUGUUGAAGGUCAGAUAGGCCAAGUGGCAGAAAUGCAAAAAAAUAAGAUAUCUAAGGAUGAUGACAUCAUGAGUGAAGACUUGCCGGGUCAUCAAGGAGACCUCUCUACUUUUUUGCACCAAGAGGGCAAGAGAGAGAAAAUCACCCCUAGAAAUGGAGAACUAUUUCAUUGUGUUUCAGAGAAUGAACAUGGUGCCCCAACCCGGAAGGAUAUGGUUAGGUCAUCCUUUGUAACUAGACACAGCCGAAUCCCUGUUUUAGCACAAGAGAUAGACUCAACUUUGGAAUCAUCCUCUCCAGUUUCUGCAAAAGAAAAGCUCCUCCAAAAGAAAGCCUAUCAGCCAGACCUAGUCAAGCUUCUGGUGGAAAAAAGACAAUUCAAGUCCUUCCUUGGCGACCUCUCAAGUGCCUCUGAUAAAUUGCUAGAGGAGAAAUUAGCUACUGUUCCUGCUCCCUUUUGUGAGGAGGAAGUGCUCACUCCCUUUUCAAGACUGACAGUAGAUUCUCACCUGAGUAGGUCAGCUGAAGAUAGCUUUCUGUCACCCAUCAUCUCCCAGUCUAGAAAGAGCAAGAUUCCAAGGCCAGUUUCAUGGGUCAACACAGAUCAAGUCAAUAGCUCAACUUCAUCUCAGUUCUUUCCUCGGCCACCACCAGGAAAGCCACCUACAAGGCCUGGAGUAGAAGCCAGGCUACGCAGAUAUAAAGUCCUAGGGAGUAGUAACUCCGACUCAGACCUUUUCUCCCGCCUGGCCCAAAUUCUUCAAAAUGGAUCUCAGAAACCCCGGAGCACUACUCAGUGCAAGAGUCCAGGAUCUCCUCACAAUCCAAAAACACCACCCAAGAGUCCAGUUGUCCCUCGCAGGAGUCCCAGUGCCUCUCCUCGAAGCUCAUCCUUGCCUCGCACGUCUAGUUCCUCACCAUCUAGGGCUGGACGGCCCCACCAUGACCAGAGGAGUUCAUCCCCACAUCUGGGGAGAAGCAAGUCACCUCCCAGCCACUCAGGAUCUUCCUCCUCCAGGAGGUCCUGCCAACAGGAGCAUUGCAAACCCAGCAAGAAUGGCCUGAAAGGAUCCGGCAGCCUCCACCACCACUCAGCCAGCACUAAAACCCCCCCAGGGAAGAGUAAGCCAGCCAGUAAACUCAGCAGAUAGGAGCCAGGCUGCAUCUCUUUGAAAGGUGUGAGAUCUUCCUCCUAAACCUGAUGCAUGUGUGUCCCUGUACUGUCUAUGUAAAGAAAAUCAGUGUUGAUCUUCACUUGCAAAAGAAAGUAACAUGAUCAAUUAUUUAUAGGAAGACAAAAAUACAUGAUAAGGAAUUACCUAAGGCAGGCAACAAGUAGAUUAGGAAUCAAUGUCUUUGUACAAGAAGGAAAAAUAGAGCAAAAAUCCAAGGGGGAGAAACUCAUUAAAAUGAGCUCUCAUUUUUUAAGCUGCCUUUGAAACAAAAGAGUUGAGGAUAGGAGAUAGAAUGGAAUUUUAGGGGGGUUGCCUAAUUUUUUUAAGCCUCAACUCAAAGAUUAUAUAGCAAAAGUGAAACUUCUUGUUUGUUAUUUUCAUUCAAAACUUUCCCACCCUGGAGAGUCAUUGAUCAGAUAUUAGAUUAUGUAAGAAGUCUGUUGCCAGGGAGCCAGUACUCAUGUAUAUUUGGCUUGUGUGUUUAUUUUGUGUAUUGAGAAUGAACACCUUUACUUUGCCUCAUUCUUAGUACCCUCCCUGGAGUUCAGAUUUUUUUUUACAGUUUAGUAUGUCUCAUCUGAUUCAAUCUCUCUGCUUUUAUUUUAUGGUCCUAGUUGUACUGUCAAAUCCAAUUACUUUUUUUUAGGUCCCUGAUUUUUUUUUUUUUAGAGCAACAGUUCUUAACAUACUACAUUUUUAUUAUGAAAAAUAAGAAACUUAAGUAAAGGAAAGAAAAGUCUAACUAGAGCUAUUUUCCAGGCUUUAGUGUUUCGGGAGAGAAAGAAAGUGUGGGGUAAUAGCCUUCAAGAUAGAAGAUGUCCCUUCAUCCCUGUUAAGUGUCCUCCUUUAGAAACUUGAGUAGAAGGAAAACUGACCAGAGUAGACUGCUUCCUUAAGUCUUCUGGGUUCCAACUGUUUGUAAUAUCAGCCUCCAAGAUGAUACGAGGGAAGCACAAUGCUUUGGACUGUGACUUGAGAUUUAGAAAUAAAUUAGAUAUAUUAUUGAGGCUUAGAAUCCUCAAACUUUGUAUUUUAUACAUUUAGCCAAUAAGGAAUUAAUAUCUGGGGCAAUAAAUUUAGGCAAAUAUUUCUUUUUUAAUGUUUUGUUACCUGCUUCUCCUGUGUUUCAGUUCAACAUUUGGGCUUCUUGGCCUGAUUUUCAUACAAUCUCAAUUUACGAAGCUAUAAAGAGGAAGAUAUUUGUUCUAAUCUCACUCUUCUAAUAGGAAUCAGGCAAAAUGAAAGUCUACCAGACUUUUAAAAUGGGCUGUUUUUAUACUCUCUAGGUGUUUUGUGUUGUAAAGACCUUAUUAAGGUCAGGUAAAUUGGUCUGCUUGCUGUUGAAAUUUGCCUUCUAGCAAACAUCUGUGCUUUCUGUUUGACCUUGUAUUUGCUGCCAAACCUAAUACAGUUGAAUUGGGAAACAAAAAAAAGGAAAGAAAUACAUUUCCUCCCCAAGUGAACAUCUUCUAAUGCUGCAUCAAAGCUGCCCUGAAGCUGCACUGAACUUCUCUUGUUCUCUUUGUCUGUGUUGAGCUUUUUAAAAAAACAAACUCAAAACACUAUUGAGGCAUAUAACGUCUCUUAUAAGAAAUGUAGCAUAGUGUGGAAUCUUAAUUUCUCUCCAGUUUCAAACACUACAGAGGAAUGCAAUAGAUAAGACAUAUUUGCUGUUUAUCUAAAGCAACUGUAAUAUUGGAAGACCAGUCCUUCUGUAUUAUAUUGUAUAAUAGUUGCUAUAACACUACUUGCAUGUCUUCAUGGUAAAUUAUAUAAAUAUUUAUAAAUAUAGAGAGAGACAUAUCCUUAUAUAGACUCAUUCUUUGUUAUUCUCCAUUUGUAAUUUCGAGAUCACAGAUGGCGAAAUUCCUUUUCUAUUGUGUGCCUCAUGUACACUUGGGCCUUGCCUAUCUUCAUUUUCUGAAACUAUGUUCUUGGCAUGUGACACCUCAGAGUCUUCUUGCCUUCCCUGUGUACAAUGCAAGGGUGGAAAGUAUUUAACAAGCCACGAUAGGUUAAUUUUCAUUUCAAAAAUAUUUUAAUAGGGAAAAAAUUACAGGGACAUGCUUGUAAUACUGGUUCAAAGAUUUGUCAUGUUAAUCACACAGUUCUCUCCUUAUAGUUAGAGUGGAUAAACUGGGAUGAUAAUGGUGAGUCUGAUAGAUUUUUAAAACAUUUCUUAAAAAAUGCCAUUCUACUUUCCUCUUUUCAUCUCACUUUUUUUGCAGGGCGUUGGGGGAAUAAUGAAGAAAUUAUCAUAUUUCUGUUGCAUUAGCUAAAUUGUGCUAAAAGUAGCUAGCUUUAAAUCCCGACCCCCUUUAGUCGGAAAUAUGCUAGUAGUAAUCAUUGGAAAAGCUGAUGUGGCUACAACUGUGGUACGUGUGUGUGAUUUUAUUUCUUAUUGGCAUUUCUCUGCUGGCAGUUGGAACUGACAGUGAUGGGAAUGUGGCAACUGAAUGUUUUCUCUCUUUCUUGGUUCCUUCCAUUUUUAUCUCAACUUUUCCAGUGUGUUAUCCCCUUUUCUAAAUGGCAUUGACAAACUCAUCAAGAUCCAGAGAUAAACAGUCUCAUCGUGUAAGAAUAUUUUAUUUUGCAUGUAGAGGAAAGAAUUAACCAAAGACAUUUUUGCUCUGAUACUUUCAAAAGAAAACAGACUAUUUAUAUUAUAAGUGGUAUCAAUAGGUCUGCUUGUAAGUAUUGUCCUAUGUGGAGAUUUACUUUGUGGUUUUUACACACAUAGUUUGUGCUUUUAGAUGUCUCUCAGGUGAAAAAUAGAAGUUGGCAGCCCUGAGCAAGCACCUGUGACACAGGGAUUUUUAUUUUAGUUUUAAAGUAUGAUAUAGAGAAUGAGGUUUUUGGUUGGAUUUGGUUUGGUUGUGUUUUUUAGUUCUUUAUUUUUUAUUUGGGGGUUCUCUUAGUGAUGGCAUAUUUCAGGUUUCAGUAACAUAGAUCAAGUAAUUUUAAACCAGUUUGGUUAUUCUACCUAAGAUAAGGGACAUGGCUAUUAAGGUCAAGCCAAACUAUACUAAAAGUAGUAUAGGGCAGCAGUUAAAAUUAUCUUUUGAAAAUCAAGUAUUACCUGGUUUCUUCUGUCACAACAGAAUAGCUGGUUACCUAGUCAGUCACAGUUGCCCUUGCCUUCCCUUGUUAGUCCCUGGAGGUACUUGAGUGGAACAGAAGGCAGAAUUAGCAACAGCUCAAUCACUUUAGGUAGCGUUUCUCCUGAAUUCUGCUGCCAAAUCCCCAGGGUAUAUGGAUUGGUUGAAAUAGUAAAAUCACACAUAGUGAUUUCUUGCACAGCGUAGAGGCGUUUAAUUUUAGUGUAUAGUGAACAAAGAAGGAAAACUGGGUCAUAUAAAAUUUAACCUUAAAACACAGAUUAUAAAUAUCUUUGAAUGUUAAGCCCUAGGCAGACAGGCACUCUCAUUCUUAACUCUGGUAUGCAAGCUGGCCUUGCUGAUAGUGGCAUAGUCACAUUAACUGUUUUUUAAGUUGCAUGUUGAGACGUGAAUGUUUUUUGUAAAAGUUGCCAAGUUAGUCGAGUCCUAAAUAAGUAGCAAAAUGGUAACUGAGACCCACUGUAGUCAUUACUCGCUUUAUAUUAUUUGCUUUCAAAUACUAAAACCUCAGCUGCUAAUUCAGUGCUCUAGGUGUGCAGUGUCUCCUUCCCUUGGCUCCUGGCCAUGUAGGGAACUUGAGGUUCUUCAGUAUCUUCAGAGAUUCCUUCCAGGCCACAUAUUUUUUAUGCUAAUAUUUCUAUAGUUGCAUUCAGUCUACAAGGAGAAAGUGUACAUUGGUGCGUGUUUUAUAAACCCAGACACAGAUAGCUAAAACCAUUAGUUUUUCUAUACCCAAGAGCUUUGAAUUAAAAACAAAUCUUUUUUUUUUCCCAAGAGCAGACAAUUCUACAUUCCUAACAUAACAUUAGGAAUUGGUGAUACAAGAAGCAGGAUCCAGAAUUCAGAACGAUUUAGUGAGACUCGGGGGAAAAAAAUGCAUUUUCCCCUGGCUGUUUGAAAAUUUAUUUAUUUGUAGAUAAGUCUAGAUUUGGUCUUGGAGAUCAAAGUAUUUUAUAUUUUAAAAACUUAUUCUUUAUAUUGAUCAAAACAUGGCAUAUGUUAGAGAACCACGUCUUCUGUCAUGUUUAUGUAUUUUGGAAUUAAGUUGUUUGCAUUCACUUUCAAAAUCUGCCCAUUUCUGUUUAUGUGCACUUACCACAGAUGUGUCAGGACUUUGCCUCAGGGAGAGGUACUUUAGCACCUGUGUCAGUGAGGAGAUGGAGUGGUUGACAAGUGCUGUUGCACUGUGUAACUUGGGGUUUGGCUCUGUGGACAGUAUAUUAGCAGAAUGAUACCACACAAAAGUAUUACAGGAUUAAGGCAUGUAACUUCUAUGGUAGUCCUUAUGUAUCAGCAUAUACCCAAGUUCAGAAACCACAGGUGCAUUUUUAGACCUUUACUUAGAGAACUAAAGGCAGUUCCAACCAUCAGCCCAUAUGGCGGUAUUAAUGCAUGAAAACCCUCAGAGGGUGUGGGACAUCCUACUUCCCUGUCCUCAUGUAGAAUUCUGCUGUGUGCCUUGAGGAUAAGAAAGUAGAAUGGAAACUCAUCCUAUCAUUGAGUAUUCUCAAUAUUUUGGCCUUCCCUCUGGGAAUUAUGAGAAAUUCAACAAAGUCUCAGAAACCUUCAGAAUCCAUUGCCCAACACUGCUAGAAAAACUGUAGGAGGUACAUGGAGAAUUCCUAUAGUUCUUAGGUAAGUCCAAGACAUGGCACAGGGAUCCCUAUCCACAUAAAGGGGAAUCUGGAUGCUGCACACCUCAAUUCUGAGAAAUCCCUGACUGAACAUGGAAUUAUGACAGUAAAGUUUUGGUCCUUUAGUUUUCUAGAGCAGCUCACAGAAAUUUUAAAAAGUAAAACAAGGCCAGGCGCAGUGGCUCACACCUGUAAUUCCAGCACUUUGGGAGGCCGAGGCGGGCAGAUCACGAGGUGAGGAGAUCGAGACCAUCCUGGCUCACAGGGUGAAACCCCAUCUCUACUGAAAAUACAAAAAAUUAGCCGGGCAUGGUGGCGGGCGCCCGUAGUCCCAGCUACUCAGAAGGCUGAGGCAGGAGAAUUGCUUGAACCUGGGAGGCAGAAGAUUACAGUAAGCCAAGAUCGCAUCACUGCACUCCAGCCUGGGCGACAGAGCGACACUCCAUCUAAAAAAAAAAAAAAAAAAGUAAAACAAAAAUAAAGUCUGUGCCCAUUAAGACGUCUUCUAAUUCAUUUGUGAUUGUCUGCUCCUACUUAAAAAAAUAUUUAAGCUUGAUGUUUAAUUAUUCCCUUUCAGCAAAUUUGGAUCAGAAAAUUAAAGUAUGUGACAAGAUCAGGUCACUUGAAUUUCCACACAAUCUCAAGACACUGAAUAGCAAAAAAGUAACAGUAAUGAUUAGCAUAUUUCCUUAGACUUUGCUGGAUCUUUGGUCUUAAGGUAACAUGUAAAAGUAGUGAAGCCUUUCCUUUCAUGGCCCUGUGCAACGUAACGGUUUUCUGCCUCCUCUUCAGCUGGAAGCGUUAGUGGUAGUAUGGGCACAGAAUGUAGGUACACUGGUGAUGCUGACCAUGCCUCCCAGGUACCCUGGCUCUGGGUUCCUUGACCUAGGGAACAAGAUUGGAUGAGGCAGAUCUUUGAGCCCAUGUGACUGUAGAAUUUGCUGAUGACAUAAUUUUACAAUAACAAUGGAUAGGAAUUUUACCUCUUUUUUUAUUAGUUUAAUAUUAUUUAAUAUUAUAUACAUGAGUGUUCACUUGCCUAAUUAAAAACAUUGAGUAAACCAAGUUUUUAUAUAGACUACCCUUGCCAUAUGAUGUUCUUUUUCUCUAAUAAUAUGCAGUUUAAAUCCUGAGGAAUCCAUGCCCAGCAUUUCACCACAUCUGGGCUCUGUGUGGGCAUUCAUCACUCGCCUACAAGGGGUAAACAAGGCUACCAGAACUUGAAUUUGACUUAUAGGGAGCUACCCAGAAAGGGGAAAGCCCUUGGGACUUUUUCCAAAACAAUCUUCUCUUUGAACUGUUCAUCAGACAAAGUAGUCCACUGAGGUGAAAAAGCUUUCAGAAAUACAAAGAUGGGAAGAUAAAGGUAACACUGGCCCACUUGGGACUUUGACAUUGGAUUGGGUGGACUGAAUAAACACAGCCUAGAUGGCCUGGGCUUGAGCCUCGCUUACUUCUCCCUGAUACAUAGUUCCUGGUCCACCUUCUGACCCUUUUUCUAAAAUAGCCAGUGUCUAUUUCACUAGGCCAUUUACUUACAAGUUCCCAGCUUUUAGGGAAAAAAGAGGGAGGGGGGAGCAUCUAGUUUUGAAUUAGAUAUACAUCUUAGAAGUAAUGAGCUAUUGGCAGCUGUUAAAUCAGAUUCAGACACAAACCAGAAUUCUUUCUUGUUGAGCAAGACCAAUGAGUUAGAUGACUUUAAUAAUUCCACUUUUCUCUCCCUCUCUUCUCCUCUUCCUGAAAUCAGAGAGAUGAGAAACUACUCUUUGAAAUACCUCCAGAGGCGUUUUAUUGUGUUCCUUUCCGCUCCAAGCAGCUCCCUUUAUACAAUUUUGCUCAGGCAACCAAGGACAGAGUAUCGGCAGAAACAUGGAGUGCUUUUGUAUAGGCCACCUGUACAUAAAAGUGUAAUUAUUUAUUUAAUUUUCCCAUUUGUAUCAUAUUAAAGCUUUGUACAGUGUUUUAAGUUCUGUUUUAAAAUUAUUUUGUAUUUUAUUUUUAUAACCUAGUAAUAAAAUAUUCAUUCCGCAUGCAAAA